AGUACUAUGGAUCAUGCUGAAGAAAAUGAAAUCCUUGGAGCAACCCAGCGGUACUAUGUGGAAAGACCUAUCUUUAGCCAUCCGGUCCUCCAAGAAAGAUUGCACAAGAAGGACAAGGUUUCGGAUUCCAUAGGGGAUAAGCUGAAACAGGCAUUCACAUGUACUCCUAAGAAAAUACGAAAUAUCAUUUACAUGUUCCUCCCCAUAACCAAGUGGUUGCCUGCAUACAAAUUCAAGGAGUAUGUGUUAGGUGACUUGGUCUCAGGCGUAAGCACAGGGGUACUGCAGCUUCCUCAAGGUUUAGCCUUUGCGAUGUUGGCAGCUGUGCCUCCAGUGUUUGGCCUGUACUCCUCAUUUUACCCCGUUAUCAUGUAUUGUUUUCUUGGAACCUCCAGACACAUAUCCAUAGGUCCAUUUGCAGUUAUUAGCCUGAUGAUAGGUGGUGUGGCUGUUCGAUUAGUACCGGAUGAUAUAGUCAUUCCAGGAGGGGUAAAUGCGACCAACGGGACAGAGGCGAGAGAUGCCUUGAGAGUGAAAGUCGCCAUGUCUGUGACCUUACUUUCAGGAAUCAUUCAGUUUUGCCUAGGUGUCUGUAGAUUUGGAUUUGUGGCCAUAUACCUCACGGAGCCCCUGGUCCGUGGGUUUACCACCGCUGCAGCCGUGCAUGUCUUCACCUCCAUGUUAAAAUACCUGUUUGGAGUUAAAACAAAGCGACACAGUGGGAUCUUUUCAGUGGUGUAUAGUACAGUUGCUGUGUUGCAGAAUGUUAAAAACCUCAACGUGUGUUCCCUAGGCGUUGGGCUGAUGGUUUUUGGUUUGCUGUUGGGUGGCAAGGAGUUUAAUGAGAGAUUUAAAGAGAAAUUGCCAGCACCCAUUCCUUUAGAGUUCUUUGCGGUGGUUAUGGGAACUGGCAUUUCGGCUGGGUUUAACCUGCAUGAAUCAUACAAUGUGGAUGUCGUUGGCACACUUCCUCUGGGGCUGCUGCCUCCAGCCAAUCCGGACACCAGCCUCUUCCACCUUGUGUACGUGGAUGCCAUUGCCAUAGCCAUCGUUGGGUUCUCAGUCACCAUCUCAAUGGCCAAGACCUUGGCAAAUAAGCAUGGCUACCAGGUUGAUGGCAAUCAGGAGCUCAUUGCCCUGGGACUGUGCAAUUCCAUUGGCUCACUCUUCCAGACUUUUUCAAUUUCAUGCUCCUUGUCUCGAAGCCUUGUCCAGGAGGGAACUGGAGGGAAGACACAGCUUGCAGGUUGUUUGGCCUCAUUAAUGAUUCUGCUGGUCAUAUUAGCCACUGGAUUUCUCUUUGAAUCACUACCUCAGGCUGUGCUGUCGGCCAUUGUGAUCGUCAACCUGAAAGGAAUGUUUAUGCAAUUCUCAGAUCUCCCCUUUUUCUGGAGAACCAGCAAAAUAGAGCUGACCAUCUGGCUUACCACUUUUGUUUCCUCCUUGUUCCUGGGACUGGACUAUGGUUUGAUUACUGCCGUGAUCAUCGCACUGCUGACUGUGAUUUAUAGAACACAGAGUCCAAGCUACAAAGUCCUUGGGCAGCUUCCUGACACUGAUGUGUACAUUGAUAUAGAUGCAUAUGAGGAGGUGAAAGAAAUUCCUGGAAUAAAAAUAUUCCAAAUAAAUGCCCCAAUUUACUAUGCAAAUAGUGACUUAUAUAGCAAUGCAUUAAAAAGAAAGACUGGAGUGAACCCAGCCUUCAUAAUGGGAGCAAGAAGAAAGGCGAUGAGGAAGUAUGCUAAGGAAGUUGGAAAUGCCAACAUGGCCAAUGCGACCGUAGUCAAAGUGGAUGCUGAAGUAGAUGGAGAAGAUGGCACCAAGCCUGAGGAAGACGAGAAUGAAAUAAAAUACCCCCCAAUAGUCAUCAAGAGCACACUUCCUGAGGAACUGCAAAGAUUUAUGCCCCCAGGGGAUAACAUCCACACCAUCAUUCUGGAUUUUACGCAAGUCAAUUUUAUUGAUUCUGUUGGUGUAAAAACUGUGGCAGGGAUUGUGAAAGAAUAUGGAGAUGUCGGUAUUUAUGUGUAUUUAGCAGGAUGCAGUGCCCAAGUUGUGAAUGACCUCACUCGAAAUCGAUUCUUUGAAAAUCCUGCCUUACUGGAGCUGCUGUUUCACAGCAUUCACGACGCAGUCUUAGGCAGCCAAGCCCGAGAGGCGCUUGCCGAACAGGAAGGCUCGGCGGUUCCUCCCCAGGAGGACUCCGAGCCCAACGCCACUCCCGAGGCCUAGGCGAGGAGUUCAGCCUGCCGUGGGGUAUGAGCCUCCCGUGAUUAUUAACCUACAUGCUUUAAGUACUAGACACUAAGUUGUUGGUUUUUUUCCCUGAGGCUAAAUAUUAGUAGUCAAGGCUUGAUUUGGAGGGUGAAUGAUGCACAGUAAGAUGUAUCUUACUUGUAUUUUUUUAAUUGACUAUUUCAAAAAUGUUAGCCUCUUGCCUGCCUUUAUUGUUCAGUGACAUUUCUGUUACUUUUAGUAUUAUCUUUGUGAGCCAAGCACUUAAAAUUUAUUUAAGUACUUUAUCCACAAAUCAGAUAUGCUGUCACCAGAUGGGUAGUAGUACUUAGUUUUUCUUCUUGUUGAUCUACAGGCUUUCUGUAAUCAGUUACCUCACAGAAGGGGCGAGCUCACAAUUUUUUAGAAGUUCUUUUAAAAUAACUAUUUAUUGUUAUAGAAGCAGUAUAAGUACAUUGGGGAAAAUUAGAAAAGAUAGACAAACAAAAAUAAGGAAAAUCUUACAUUACCACCAAAGAUUAUUGCUAACACUUUAAUGCAUAUUCUUCCAGAUCUUUUUCUAUUCAUAUAAUUUACAUCUUUUAACCAAAAUAAGAUUAUACUCUAUGUAGUGUUCUGUAACCUAUUGUUUUUCAGUCCACAAUCUCUGCUUUCUCAUUCUGAAACACGUUCAUUUACCUCAGAUCAUAUUCAAAGUUCCCCAAGUGCCCCCACAUUUGUAGUUGGUUUAUCCAAGCUAGUAUACAGUCUAUGACCUUACAUUACAGAUGGUCACGUCCCUCUAAUCUCAGAAGUCUAUCUUAACCUAGCACUGUCCCUUUAUUUAUGACAUGGACUUGUUAAAGGGAGUUGGAGCAGUUGUGUUAUAGAAUCCCAUCUUGUGAAUGUGUCCACUUGUUUUUUCAAGGUGUUAUUUAGCUUGUCCCUCCAUUUCCUAAACUACCUAUAAUCCAGAAGUUGUAUUUAACUAAAGGCUUCACAAAUUUGAAUAAAACUUUUUUUUUUGCUAGAAUAUAUCACAGAUGAGACACAUGCUUUAAAUCACAUCACAACAGAAAACAAAUAAUAUCUUGUUGAUAUACCAUUAAUGAUGCUAAAAUAAAUCACAGGAUUAAUGUGACAACCAUCCGAGAAUUACAUUUUCUCCUUUGUGACUAGUGAAUUAUCUGUAUGGUUCCUUUAGCAUUGAACGAAUGCUCAGUUCUCCAUUAGCCAUUCACCCAGGAUUUUUAACGUUUGGUAAUAGUUCUUGCCUUAAUCAGCAGUUUUAUUAAGGGUUUGUGAAUUCUUCUCUAAUUCUCUCCUGUAGUUUUCUCUCAACUUGAUUUGAUCAUCCUUAAAUAUAGUACUUGAAAGCCAGGUAAAAUGUUUUAUUUUUUAUGCUUAAUUAUCAGCUUCAAGGUAAGGAGUUGGUUUAAUAGAUGAUGACAGAUUAAGUUCUUUUAGGUUUCUUUUUUUUUUUGGUAUAGAUUCAUGAAUUUUUGUAGUUUUAAUGUGUUUCAGUCUAUUAUAGUUAUUCUUUUAGGUGUUCAAAUCAUCACACCUGUGGCCAGUAGGACCCCUCCCUCCCAGAAGUUUUUUUGUUGCUGCUAAUAGUGAAGUAGCCUUAUCUAACCAAAUCAUGGUUAGAUUUGUAUAGUUAUCUAUAACCGUACAGAUAACUGAGUAUCAUCCUUCUAAGUCCACAGAAUUAUCCGUUAAUUCUUCAUCAAACUCAGUUUUAAGCUGAUGAGUAAGUAAAAAGCUAUUUCAAGCAUUUUUCUUUAUAGCUAUUCAAAAGGAGACCUUUAAGCCAAUAUAUGUCAUCAGAAGUUCUUGCUCCUGUAAUUCUAACCAUGAGGUCACUCCAAAUCACAGCACAAGUAUUAGCCAAUCUGCUUAAAGCCUCAUCUGCUAAGAUUUCCUGCUAAUGUCUUGUCUUUUUUAUGAGUUUCCUAACUGACUCCUUAUUUUAGUUUUCAGGAAGAAAACACUUUGAGGAGAAAAGUACAUCAGGAAAGGACUAGAUUAACACGAGUCUACUCCAAACCAAACCCUAUGGUUUGUUACUUUAACUAUCAGGUUUCUCAAUGACUUUACUAAUUUAAUUCAAAGUAGUCCCCCUCCUUUAUAACCGAUACCAUAUCUAGAUCUAGAGUGAAAUUAAAUUUGCUUCCAGUUGUUUCCUUUGCACUCAUCACACACAAGAUCAGAUACAUCUGCCUUCUGAAAGAGCAUGCAGUUGUAGGACCUCAGCUUACACUGGAAACUUUUGUAUAAGGACUUGAUCAUUUCAGCCAUUAAAGUAGAGCUCAAGGAUUUUAAAUAAUGUUAUACAAUAUUCUAUUGCAUAAUCUUAGCAUUAAUUUUCAAUAAAUGCUUUACACACAGCAUAUACUCAAGUCUUGGUUGGUCAUAGACUGAAAGUAGUAUACAGGAAAAGUACCAUCCGUAGCUUACAAAUUUGUAUUUUUCUGCCCUAUAAUUUUUAACCUAUUCUGAAGAGAAUUCUACCAUGUACAUAAAAACACUGAAGUCGUACUGAGGAAAAGUGUGUUUUCUGCAUGCCUCUGAUAACGUAAGAAUGCAUUUCAAAAUGUGUUCUAUUUAUAUGUAGAUAUUUUGGAAUCUUUUGAGUUAUUUCAUAUAGUGGGACGUUUCCUGAACUUUUUAUACUUACAAUCAAGUUUUAUCUCUACCUCAUUCUCUCUGGACCUUAAAAGCGGUGUAUCCUUCUGUGUUUGUGUGUGUCUUUCCAUGUUUUUCAGCCCAGGUUCAAAUUCAGAUUCUUAUUGCCCUAUCAAAGAGCAUAAUCCAUACUGACAGAUAUAGGGACUAGACUACUUUAUUUUAUAGCAGUAUGAAAAUGCCUUGUUUUCAGGAACGUCCCAUACAGUGAAGUUGUCUUUCUCAAAUCCUCUGCAAUGUGACCAUGGUUUAUCUCUGUCUCACAGUUGGAUGAAAUACGUUUGCAAACAAUUGUGAACCAGGGCCCAGGAAACUCCUCAUUCGUGUCACAGACACUGACUGUACAAUCAUAUAGCAGCUGAGAGUGGGAUCUCAAUGCCAGUCUUAUCUGCAGUGGGACUCAGAAACAGUAAAGGGACUGGAUCCUCUGCAAGCCCUACGAGGUCAUUUUGUAGUUUUCAGGUAAUAUCUAAAAGAUCCACUCCCUGUAUUUGAUCCUGCAUCCUUACCUAACAGAUAAAGGAGAUGCCUGCCUACAAAGGUCCAUGUUGAGAAAAUGAGACUGCCCUCUUCUUGUGUGUCUGGAGAGGGUAGCAAACCUAGAGUCUGCCCCCCAGGGGGCAGGUGUGUGUUGACGUUGGGAGGUACCCUUGAGUGGGAAUGAGGAAGGAAGGUUAUGAUGGUGAAGAAGUCCACCCUUUUAAUCAGUUUAAAUCCUAACAUCAAACACAACUUCCUUGGUGUUAGACUGUAUGCUUUAGUGAGUGCAAAAACGCUGUUGGUCCUUUUUUAGUGUACCUUUUAGGAAUGCUUUUAGGAUUCAAUGUGUAGGUUGUUGAUAAUAUGGUUUGAGUGCUGAUAAAAGUUGGUUUGAGGCCUAACAAAAUAUCUAAUUCUCCAAACAUAUAGCUGACCAAAAUGCAUACAAUGGUUUUUAUUUCCUUCAAAUCCCAUAGCAAAACGUUCAAAAGCCAGGGCUCCACCAGGUAACCUGUCUGCUCUGACUUGGGUUUAAUAUAGUUUGAGCAUCUCAAAAUUCCACUUUGCCUUACCAGGUUUUUCAUUAUACUGGUGCAUAGUGUUUCAGCUUUAUGUUAACCAAUGAACCUUUGUGGAAAUUAAAUUUUAUAAAUCUAAUCACGUUUUUAAAAUAUUAUUUAAAAGGUCACUACAGUAUUUUUCUGAAGUCAGAAAUCCUUUGAAAGGAUAGAAAUCCUUUCUAUCAGCAUGCUGAUGCAUGUGUAAACAUGUGUCUGUACACACACAUACAUAUUUUACAUGGAGGGAGUUACCAGUGAAUGUGUAUUUUCUUCUUUUUAAAUGGAAUACAGACAUGCUACUCUAGUUAGUGUUGACUUGAUGUGUGGCCAGUAGAUUUUCAUCAUCUAACGGAGAUGUCAAGAUUACUCAGAACCUAUAACAGGUUCGGCCUGAGUACCACAUAUCCAACUUGAGCUGUUUCAAACUAGUGCAUCUGAUGUAUGUGGUGAUAUGAACAAGUGCUAAGACUUUAAAGAGUGUGUUCUAAAUGCAUACAUUGAUCAAAACAGUAGAAAAACAUCAAUCUUUAGUAUUCACUUACAAGCAUCACUUGGAAAUGGUUCACUUUACUUCAUACUUCUUGAAAGACUACAGCAGGUUUAAGAAAAAAAGCUUUUCUGCUCAAGUUCACAAUAAUGAAAAGAGAAAGGAUGUUGGUUGGAUUUUAUGAAUGAAUGGCUUUAAUUUUUCUGCUUAAAAAUUUUCUUAUUUAAAGAUUUCAAUACAACGCUUAGAGCAUUUUCUAUGUUGUCAACUUUUUUUGUGAAUUACAAUGUAUCCAUCUCUAUUUUGCAUUACCUGUGAAUACUGAACUACAAUAAAAAUAUUCUUUAUUGUGUUUGGGUCUCAGUGUUUGGGAGGGGCACAGAAAGGGGUUAUUGUGGUGAAAGAGGGAGGGAAUUUGGUGGUGGUGGUACAUGAAAUAAUUUUAAAGAGCUUUGUCUAGGAUUCUAAUACAACUUUUAUUUUAGAAAUACUUCAGUAUAGACCAGAAUUCUUAUGGGAGCUUUACCAAAAUUUUAAACCAUUAAUUUAUAAAAUGAAAAUAAGUACUUUUCUGUAUAAAGCCAAUUCUGGAUUUUCUAAAUGAGAUUAAUAAUACAUAUGUAUUAUAAUAAUCUCAUUUAGAAAAUAUGUAUUGUAUAUUAUUUUUCCUACUUUACUACUUUGCUAGUCAUUAAUAUCAACAGUCCUUAAUUAAUCUGAAAUUGACUUAAAUGGCAAAGCAGAACACAUUACAUCAGAUGCUUCUUACACUUUUAAACAAAGUUCAGCCAAAGCUUUAUUAUUCAACAUUGUAGGAAAAAAAAAACUAUUGAAACACAUGUGAUCAUGUGCCUUGAUGGGCCACUGUGAUAAGAGAAGAAGAGUAUUAUGGACAGAAGCAUCGGCGCUGGAGCAAUUAAACUUGGACUCAAAUCUCAGCUCUGUGACAAGGAAACAAGGUAGGAAAAUUCUGCAUCUGUUAAAUCUACCUCACUGGGCAGAUACAGUGGCAGACACAAUGAGAUAAUAUAGGUACAGCACCCUGCCAGCAUAUGUCUAGAACAUACGUGGUCAAAAUAAGCACUUUACAGUUUGGAACCUUUAAAUGGUUGGUGAGUCAAAAAACCGCUUUUCUGUCUAAUGGCAUUAAAUAUCACCCUUUAUUGUACAGCAGAGAAAAAAAAAAAAGA